ACCGCCCUCCUCCUCCACCAGAUCAUCGUCAAAUUAACCUGCAACAGAAGCAGUGGCAGCAAUGGAGCAAUCAACCAUGGCUAAACUUCCUGUUGCCCUUUGCACUUUAUUGCUUCUAUCCUUCGUUUUUAUAUAUCUUUUAUCAGAAGAAAACCCAUCGGUAUCCAUAACCGCCUUAAGACAGAAGCUUUAUCCUUCAAAACCCUCAUUAUCCAAGCCUAACGCCACUGUGUAUAAAGACGAGUUAGAAAUGGCAUUGGAAGGAGCUUCCAUGGCGAACAAAACUGUGAUCAUAGCGGUUGUGAAUAAAGCCUACACAGAGGGCGAUAAACCCAUGCUGGAUAUGUUCCUAGAUGGGUUUUGGCUAGGAGAAGAUACACGGCAACUGAAGAACCACCUUUUGGUCGUGGCAGUUGAUCAGACGGCGUUUGAACGGUGCAGAUUUCUUGGGUUACACUGUUACAAACUGAAAACGGAGGGCGGGGAUUUCGUCGGCGAGAAGGUUUACAUGUCGGAGGACUUCAUAAAGAUGAUGUGGCAACGAACACGUUUUCUGAACGAGGUUCUCCGGCGUGGAUACAACUUCGUUUUCACGGACACAGAUGUAUUAUGGCUAAGAAACCCAUUUCCAAGACUCACUCUCGACGGAAGUGUUGACAUGGAGAUCAGCGUCGACAACUUUAACGGCGAUCAGUGGUCGGAAAGAAACCUUAUAAACACCGGUUUCUACAUGAUCAAAUCCAACAACAAAACCAUUGCUUUAUUUGAUGAAUGGUACGGGAGACGGAACAACUCAGCUGGCAAGAAAGAACAAGACGUUCUUCUUGACCUAACCAGAGAAGGAGCUUUCAGAAGGUUGGGUCUUAGGGUUAGGUUUUUGGACACCAUUUAUUUCAGUGGAUUUUGUCAAGACAGCAGAGAUGUUCAUGUGGUCUCCACUGUUCAUGCCAACUGUUGCCGGAGGAUCAGUGCCAAGGUCGCCGAUCUUACUGCCGUAAUUCAUGAUUGGAAGAGAUCGUUUAACAUUUCAGCAGCCGGCAAUCAAACGAUGGAAUUCAGAUGGUCUCCCCACUCGGCUUGUCGAAAUUCAUGGAUUUCUUGAACCUUUUUUGUUCGACAUUCCGUUGUACUACUUGUUAACAUGUGGUUGUAGAUUUAAUGGUGAGAUUGAUGAUCACACAUCAAUUGUAGAUGGUGUUUAUAUUUAUAUAUAUAUAUCUACUCCAGA